AUGCGGCUGCAAGGGGAUAGGCCCAAUCCCAACCAAAAGAACUUUCGCUUUCCUAUCACCGAUUACAAGGCGGGUUCUAUUGUCUAUCUCUGCAUGGAGAAUUUCAUGAGCACCGACUUCACGGAGUACAAGUUCAACCCGACUACUAACUACAUCUUCGGCGCUAACGGAACUGGGAAGUCGACCAUCGUGGCUGGAUUAUUCCUUGUCUUCGACGGCCGAGUUAGCAAAUUGGGACGCUCUGAUGACUUGUCAAUGUUCGUUAAUCGAGAACGACCAAAUAAGAAAGCGCGGAUCACUGUUGAAAUUUCAACUGGCAAAGGUACUACGAUCGGCAUCGAGCGAUCUUGGUGCUCUGGAAAGAACAAAAACACUCGAUGGAAGAUGAGAGCCGAGAGAUCGUCGACCUUCCAUCCUUUGAACAACAAAGAUGAGCUGACACGUACUCUCAACAAAUACAAUCUUCAUGUGAUGAACUUGAUGCAGUUUCUGCCGCAGGAGAAAGUGAACGAUUUGAGCGACCUUUCGUCCAAAGAUCGACUCGAGGCGUUUCAACAGAGCAUCAGCGAUGGGAAGGAGAACUUGCUCUUGAAGCACCAGAAACUGAUUGAGUACCAGAAGCACAUGAAGGACGCCAAGAACGAGAUCCGUGUCGCAGAAAACGCACUCGUUGAUUUGAAACGCACGCGAGACCGCGAUCAAGUACGAGUCGAAAGAUUCAACGACAUGAAAGCGGCUCUGGAGAAGAAACAGAAGCUUGUCCUGAUCAAGAAUACUGCGGAAUGGUGUCUCAAGAAAGAGCUGCUCGAGUUCGUCGAAGGCUGUUUCGAAGAUUGGGAAGAACAGCACAAGGAGGUGAAAGAGAAACUGUUGAAAGAAUGCUCGUUUAAUCUCGAGAAACUGGACAAGGAGGAAGCGACUCUCAAGAAAAGACUCUUUAAAGAUCAGGGAGUGUUUGACGAUAAGAAAUCUCAGGAGUACAAGCUUCUGAUGAAAGCCGUUGCUGCAAGCACCUCAUUGACUUCGAAUAUUUAUCGCGUCAACAAAUACAAACAAGAAACGAUUGACGUGAUGACGGAGAAUCAGGAGCUUGACAUUACGAUGAAAAACAAAGAAGAAGCAUACCCGAAGACGAAAGAAGCUGCUGAGGAAAAUAAAGCUGAAAGAGAACGGCUGAAGCAGGAGUACCUGCGAAAUAUUGAUGGGUUGGAAAAGCAGGUCAAGCGUCUAAGGCCGUCGGAAAAUGAUCUUCGAAAAAAACAAGAAGAAGCUCAGGUCGCGAUCAGUACGUUCGAAAAACAGCUCAACAGUAUCGAAACUAAGUUGAAAGCACAGGAGAACUUUGAUGCACAGCGAAUACUUGUUUUGCAGCGAACAGAGUAUUUCAAGCGCGCCCAAGUGGAUCUUAUGAACACGAUCAAGUUAUGGGAAUUGAUUGACCAAAACAAGCAACGUUUUCGUGCUGAGGUGUUCCCUCCUCCCAUUCUCUCCCUCGGCUGCCUUCCAGCUCAUCUUGAUAUCCUAAUGGACUCCGUGCACAGCACCCCACUCAUGUCCAUCAUUUGCCAGACAAGCGAAGAUCUGCGGGAAACCAACGCGCUCGCAAGAGAGAAUGGUCUCCACAGAAUCGCCAACGCUCGAGUGGAGAAUGGAAGCGUCGACCGAAUCAAGAGCGAUCGGAUCGACUUUAAACGAUAUGGGUUCGAAUGCUCACUGAUUGAUUUUCUCAUCGGUCCAGAACCUGUGCGACGAUACCUUUGCCAAAAUGCGAACGUGCAUAACAUCCUCUACGGACAAAAAGAGCCUAACCUUGCGAACAUGAGCGAGCGCGACCAAAAAAUUGCGGACCUAUUACGUCUACAACAAGAACGCGCGGGUGUUCAAGAAGGCAACUUUAAUACUGUCGACACAAACCCACAAUCAAGAGCUUCUUUGGGAGAGUGCUUCAAAUAUUUCAAAGACUCAGAAAAGGAGGCCCAGCUGUCGAAGCAACGUGCAGACAUCGCCAAACAAAUGGAAGUCGUAGAGCGAAGACUGCACGAGAUCAAAAAAGAACGUCAUACGGUUGCAGUCCAGAUCACUGAUUUGCAGAAAGAAAUGAAUGAAUUGAAGACAGAGCUGAAGGGCGGAAACUCGAAGGAGCACAAGGUCCGUGGCGCGCUCAAAGAAUACAACAGCAUUUUGCGCAAACGCAAGAACACUCCUUUCAUUGUCCUCGAACUUCAAAAGUUCAUCAAAAAGGAAAUGGAGCAGAGCAUUGAAAACUUGAAGACUGUUGGAAAAUGCAUUGAAGCCCUCAAUCAAAAGUUCAACUUGGAGAAAGACCAUGUAAAAAGCUACAUCGAAGUCUGCGGAAAGAAGGCGUUCUUUUUGAAAGAGAAGGAAAAGCGAGAGUCCCAAUUGAAGGAUCAAAUCGAGCAGGGGGCAUUGUUCAAACAGGACAGGGAUAUUGUUAGACAGCUUGUCGCCAGAGCCGCAAGCAGACUCAUUUCUCAAGGCGAUAAAGUCUUGAACAAGAAGGAUGUGAAAGAGAUCGUGAAGCGCGUGAAGAAAAUGACGGAAUGGAAGGAGGACUACGUCAAGAUGCCCGAAAUUACUGAUAUCAAGCAGUACAACGACAAGGAGGAGCAGCUAAUUGAAAAGAUCGGCCUGGAAAUUCGCCAAGCUCAGGCAAAGUAUGAAGAGCUCAGAUCAAUGGGAACGCCGAUUGAUGAGUCCGAUGUCCAGAAUUACCACACUCUGGUCAGGAAGAUUGAAACCGAAACUCGACGCAUCGAGAAGCUGAAAAGACAGGAUGCGAAUCAGGCCAAUGUUACCGAGGAGCUAAAGAAUGCCUGGUAUCCUGAGCUUCAAGCGCAGGUCGCAUUCGUCGCUCAGCGUUUUAAGAAAAACUUUGCGACGAUCAACUGCAGAGCUGAUGUAGAGCUUUAUAUCCCGGAUAACCCAAACGACUUCAGUGAAUAUGGGCUGGAUAUUAAAGUUCAAUAUCGAGCUGGCGACGAGAUGGCCAUCAUUAAGGUCAAUCGACAGUCAGGAGGAGAACGCUCUGUGGCUGCCAUGCUCUUCCUGCUCUCAAUGCCGACCAAGAACUGUCCCUUCCGUCUUGUGGAUGAGAUUAAUCAGGGAAUGGACAGUUACAACGAGCAGAAUGUCUACAAGGUUGUCAAGGAACUCACUGACAACGCGAAAGAGAAGGAGAUGUGCCAGCUCUUCAUCAUUAGUCCGAAGCUCCUUCGAAACAUCAAAUACUCGGAGAAGGGAUCUAGAAAUCGCACAAUAUUCUUUGAAAUGGCGAAAUCCGGCGAGGAUCUCAUUCGGGGUUAUGAGAGUCUUGACGACGAAUGCGAGGAAAUGCUGAGCCUCGCGAAACGAAUUCAGAGCUUCAGGAGCUGGCCGUUCGGCGAGCAGUUGUCUCCUGACAAAAUGGCAAAAGCUGGCUGGUACCAGACGGGUCCUCUUUGCUGCCGUCAUGUGAUUUUAACGAAAGAACUUGACGGCUGGGAUGGCACAGAGGAUCCUGUCAAUGAGAUCGUCAAGAGGAAAUCUGCGCUUACGACAUGCAAAUGGUCGCCUGGAAUAAAAUCACUUAGCAUUCCAGAUAAUGAGAUCCUCGUUGGUACACGAUAUCGUCUCCUGCAGCUCCAGAAAAUAUGCUUUCGGGAGGAAACCAUUGCCAACCUCUCAGAAUGGCAUGUGGAACGAAAAGCACAGCUGAUGGAGGAUCUUCGCAAGAAAUAUCCAGUUGAGGAAGACGCCGAACAUCAGAUUGCGAUUUUUGAGAGUACCAUCGGACGAAAUAUGCGCGAGCAACUCGAGGGGAUUCAAAACAACUUAGAGGCGAUGAAGAAACACUUUUCAGUCAAGUUCAGAACGAAGAAAAACGCGCCCAAGAUAAAAUUCCAGGGAAAAGCAGAGGACCAUGAUAUCCCGUUGGCAGCAUUGGCCGAUAAAAAGUGGAUUGAUGUCGUCGCAAAUGCAGAUGAAAACGAGCCUCCAGCGGACUCUCUUCCAAAGCCUCUCUCCGGAAGCAAAUCUCGCCAAUCGAUGCUUGUCUCAGCGAACCCGCAUGCGCAGCCACCGUCUGCCCGUAAAGCACAAAAGGAGAAGAGCCAAUUCUCCCGCAAUACAUCUGGUUACCCUUCCAUUCCAGAGUUCGCUUCUAUUCCCGAGUAA